AAUAUCAUUUAUGUGAAAUAGACAGUAGUAAUAACUAAUAAGUCUAACCUUUUUUACGGUAAUGAAUUUUUUUAGUUAUCAUGGGGUUUGCAAACAAACAUAUAUUUACCCUAAUUGUGAUUUUAAUAACUUUGUCGUUCUUUACAAAUAAUUAUUUAAAAUACUAUGAUGAUGGAAAACAAAUACACCAGUUAAUAGUCAAAGAGACGUCAAUACCAAAAAACCGUAUAUUUUUUUUGAAAACCCACAAAUGUGCAAGCUCUACUAUUCAAAAUAUUUUAUUACGCUUUGGACAUCAACGUAACCUUGACAUAUUGUUACCUUCUAAGCAUAAUUAUAUCGGUAAUCCCAAACCCUUUCAAAUUGAUAUGGUUUCAAAGGAUUUUCUAACAACUGACGGCAAGUACGAUUUAUUUGUCCAUCACACCAGGUAUUCUCAACAUGUUAAAUCUGUAAUGAGACCAAAUACAAUGUUUGUUACAAUAUUACGCGAGCCGUCUACAUUAUUUGAGUCAAUUUAUUCAUUUUAUCAUUUCGAUAAGAAAUACCAUGUAAAUUUAUCUAAUGUGAUAGGAGAUCCUUCAAUCUUAAUGAAUUCUACACGCUACGGUCAUAAAUUAGGAAUAAACCAAAUGAACUGGGAUCUGGGCAUGAAUCCUGAACACUUUGAAAAUGUCGAAAUGAUAAACAAUUAUAUUGAAAUGGUGGACAGAGAUUUUGAUUUGAUAAUGUUGUUUGAACAUAUGGAAGCUUCCCUGGUUUUAUUGGCCCAUUUAAUGCAGUGGCCGUUGGAGUGGGUAGCGUACAUACCUUUGAACACUAGAAAUAAAAUUUUUAAAAAAAAAUUAACGGAAUUUGAUAGAGUAAGACUUAACCAAAUCAACAAGGCCGAUUACAUGCUAUACAACCAUUUCAAAGAUAAAUUCAAAACAAAGAUCAAAGAGUACGGAGUGGAUAAAAUGAAGAAGCACAUUGGAGAGCUGAUUGGUAUAAAUCAAGGAAUAAUGGAUCGAUGUGUGUUGGCCAAGACUGAUAAAGGCUAUGGUCGAACAAUAUCAUAUGAACUGAAAAACAACGAUACGUUUUGUCAAUAUUAUGUUAUUCUCGAAUUAAAGUAUACAUCGUUACUCAGGUCUAUACAGUAUAAUCGACUGAAUAAAAUUGAAGCUCUAGAAAAAUUAUUAAACGAAAGUUAAAUACAAACAAUAAAACAAAUUUACAAAAAAUGUUUCAUAAAUUAUUAUAAUUAUAAUUACUAAUAUUUUUCACGACAGUACAUUUGCAUUACUUGUUUAGACACUUCAGGUAUUCAAGAAAAAUAUUUCAUGAUGAAAUAAAAUGUAAAUAAUUAAUCCAUUAUAAGAUCGCUGUAAGCCAAAUCCCAAUAAUGUUCUACUCCGUGCUUUUUCAGCUGUUCUCGAGCCAGUUUCUCAGAAGCACAAACCUUAAAUUUGAUUUCUCCGAAAUUGCGUUGCUUUGACAUGCCCUGAAAAUGUUUCAAAACAUUACCAUAUAUUUGAAUUCUUAUUAAUUAAAUUUCAGUGAAAAGUAAACGUGUCAAAAAAAGGUAAAAGGCGUAAGGGAUUUUUUUUUUGUUAAAUAGACUUAAUUGAGAAAGUGAUAAAACAUUUCUAAAAAUAUCAUGUUUUUCAAAACAAGGCAUUAAAAUUUUGAAGUAUUGCUUAAACCAUUUCUAUUUUGGCUCUUUAAAUUUUUUUAAGAAGUGAGGUGUCUUUUUGUAGUAUUAUUGUCUAUGUACUAGCCACUAGGAUUGUAGGGUGGAUGUAGCACAGUCGUCAAGCAGCUGGCUACAGCAUAUAUGGUUAUCAGUUCAAUUCCAGGCACGGCACAAAAAUGUCUUGCAGUAUUUCGAAACUAUAAGUGCCAUCAUCUGAUUGCACUACACCAUUUCACCCCACUACUCCACUGGGAGUGACGUCCACACACGUGUCUCCUAACUUAAUGGAAAUUGUUCGUACACUACUACCAAAACCAAAUGAAAAGUGUUCCUAAAGACCAUAGUCGUCGCAACAAAUUAGUCUUCAGAAUCGAGGCCAUCGAAAAGAAAAUAUAUAUAUACUAUGAUUGUCUAUAUUUUUAUUAUUUAUAUUAAUUAGAGAUAGAUAAUCAAUAGUAAUUAUUACUAUUAUUUUUUUUAAUUACCUCCCAUACUAAUGAACAUUUGUUAUUAGAUUUAGGUUCCAACUCGUCUUUUGUUUUUAUAACAUCUUCUUCCCACUUCAUUCUGUGCAACA